CUCAAAGCAAAGGGCCAGCUUGACCUUCAAAGAAAAAUUCAUUCCUCCACACACACCCAAAAAAAAAAAAAAAAAAAAAACCUUCCUUGCAAGCUUUUCUAAUGGCGGGAUCACGGGAGGGAAUGCGAGAUCAGAGUUUUUGUCAGGACAAAGACUACGAGAAGGAUCUCGAUAUCGGACCCGACGAGCCCGAGGCUCCUCUUCCUCUCACCGUCACUUCCCGCGUUCUGUACAUGUUAGGAGAUAUUGCGGCUGGUCCGGCGUAUCGGUUCACCCAAUGGUUGGAUUUGGUUCGUAAACGGAGUGCUCGAUACGGAUCUUCUGGUUUCCCUCAUCGACCUCACCGGAUUGAUGACAUGGUUUCUAGUGCAGGAGAGCUGAUUGUUGAUCCAAAAUGUUCACCCAUCAAGCAGUCUUCUGAAAUAAGCUUGUGGGAAAGGCUUGGCAAAGCUUCUAUGCUGGAUAUUGAAUCGAGUUUGUUUUCAUGGAACAUGUUAUCUUCACUUCACCAUACCGAGCAUAGUAGUAACAGUGAUCCAUCCGAAGAAGACCAGAUUAAAGCCCUUGAGGUUACUGUGAAUUCUGGGGGAGUUGUUUUCUUUGCACUAUUUAAUCAUGCCAAUUCUGAUGAUGCUUCUCCAAAGGAAGCGGCGGCAGUAAUAAAAUUUUCUUCUUCAAGGAUGGCCACACAAUCGGAACGUCUAGGCUAUGAGUUUGCCAAGUGGUUGGGGGUACAGACUCCUCAGGCUCGAGUAAUUCAUAACUCUAAUCCUGAAUGGACCCUUAUAAAAGAAGCGACUGAGAAAGCACAAGUUAAAGCGAAUUCAGAAGGAGAUGAGGUUGGUGAGAUGACUUGUUCAGAACUUCUAGAGGCCCUUGAACUAAGCCGGUGUCUUUUCCUAAUGAGUUAUGUCCAUGGAUGUCCAUUGCUUGAAAGCACGAAUAUCUUUGAAUCAGAAGAGAAAGCAGAGAAAGUUGCUGCUGCACUUGGGAGAAUCUUGGUGCUAGAUCUUGUAAUUAGGAAUGAAGACAGACUACCUUCUCGUCAGCUCCGAUGGCGAGGCAACCCAGCAAAUCUAUUAUUAGCUGACAAAGUUCCUUCACCGGCUAAAAAAUUGGAAUGCUCAUAUGAGGAAGCCUUUGAUUCCGCAAUCAAAAGACACCAUCCUAGGGUGUAUAGAGCCAUUCAAAAGGAAAGAAGGGCCACUUCAGUGGAUAGUAGAUUUGGUCCCUCUGAUCAAAGGUUGGUCUCACAGGCUUCUGACCUUUCUGAUGUGACGGAAUCGCCUAAAUCUUGUGACACGGGUUUGAUGAGUCCAUUGUCCGAUAGAUCGGUUGUUGCUGAUUUUCACAUCGUGGCCAUAGAUUCAGGCGUUCCACGCCGACCUCCUGCUGGAAAACGGGCAAGUGAUCGAGAAAUUUAUCCGAAGUUGGUUGAACUGCUCAUCAACAGUAGCGAAUACGCCUCAAAUCUGUUACAUGAGAUAACAGAAGGAAAAUUAGGGACUCCUCGUGUAGAAGAAGAUGGUGAGCAAACUGGUAUUCGAUCCAGUGAAGUAACGUUAGUGAUUCGUGAAUUUCGCAAUGGUUUCCGAGCUGGGCUCAGGGACCUGCAAGGGUUUCACAUUUUCCUCGUGACCCUUCAUCAGAAGUUAGAUGGUUUGCUACGGGCAUUUUUCACUAUGAUGGACAAAACAAUGUGCCCAGAUUUCGAUAGAGAGGAAUUUGCUAUUCCUGAAUCACCUUCCCAAGCUCCUGCCCUCGAUCCGAGUUGUUAUCCAUCUCCCUCAAACAAAGAGCGGAUACCGACUGAUAACAACUCCGAUUACAGUGAGUCAGAAAUGCAGAAAACUGCUUUAAGGACGCCGUUUUCAGAAAACAGAGAAAGCUCGGAUGCAACAUCACCUAAGUCAAGAGAAAGUUGGCAUGGAAAAUCAAAUAGAGGUGGAGAAUCUCUUAGUAGUCAGCGUUUGGCAGCAAAGCUUCGCGAUUUUCAUAAGUUUGCCAAGGUUGAUGCUGAAUCUAGUAAAGAAAUUGAACAAUGGAAUGAAACGCUGCAACACAAUGUCCUGAAACUCUGCCAAGAAAACAAUUUCAACACCGGGUUCUUCGAGGGCAGUGAUAAUAACAUUUGCACCGACGCUUACGAGCUAAAGGUUAGGCUUGAGCACAUUCUGGAAAGAGUAUCACUGAUUUGCAAAGCUGCUAAUACCGAGAAACCGUCGAUGGUAAUGAAUAAUCUGUUUAUCGGAGGAGGAUUGGCUGCAAGGUCGGUUUACACUCUGCAGCAUUUAGGCAUAACUCAUAUUCUAUGUUUGUGCGCGAAUGAAAUCGGGCAAUCAGACACUCAAUACCCAGGUCUCUUCGAGUACAUAAACUUCUCAAUAACCGAUGAUGAAGAUGCAAACAUUGAGAGCAUCUUCGAAGAAGCUCUCGACUUUAUCGAUCAUGGUGAGCAAACAGGCGGCAAGGUUCUAGUCCAUUGCUUCGAGGGUAGAAGUAGAAGCUCUACCGUAGUGCUGGCUUACCUAAUGCUCCGAAAGAACCUCACCUUGUUAGAAGCAUGGGAGACACUAAAGAAGGUUCACCGACGAGCCCAACCAAACGACGGAUUCGCCCGAAUCUUACUUAACCUGGAGAAGAAACGUUUUGGGAAAGUGUCGAUGGAGUGGAGGAGGAGGAAGCCGACGAUGAAAGUGUGUCCAGUUUGCGGGAAAAACGCCGGUCUGAGCAGCAGUUCGUUGAAGCUUCAUCUCCAGAAAUCGCACAAGAAACUGUCAUCGGGGAGCGUAGACAGUGCAAUGAACAUGGAGAUUCAGAAGGCUUUGGAUGCUCUUAAGCUUAAUAGCAGUAGAGGCUCUAGUGUUAGUCCCAAGUCUUUUCACUCUCACUCCGGUAUGGAAAGUCCGGUUUAGUUCUUUACAGGCCGGAUAACCGAUCAUUCCACUUUUGUAUAUUGAAUCUGGUUCAACUCUAUUGUAUUUUGGCUCAAAUUUGAAUUCGGUUUUUAUUUAUAAAUAUAAUCAUUCAGUUUUUA